UCUGGGGGAACUUUAUAAUUGGGGGACAAUCGCACAUUUUCGAUUGUAACAAACGCGUUGCUCUCUUGCACGGCUGUUUCUUGAAUUGUUCAAGUUAUUUUGAACAAGGGAAAUUGAGUAAUCAUCCUUAUCGAUUUACGAACAUGGCUUCAACAAUUGACUUCAGAACUCAUGUUGACCAGUCUUGUAGGUACUCUGAAGAAUUCGUAAACAUUUACUACGAUUGUAUGGAUAAGAAAAGGAGGAACUUAACAAGGCUCUACCUGGACAAGGCUACACUAGUGUGGAAUGGCAAUGCCAUCUCUGGCCAAGAUGCUCUGGGGGAAUUCUUCGAAUCUUUGCCAUCCAGUGAAUUCCAGGUGCACACUCUCGAUUGCCAACCGGUACAUGAACAAGCAACACAAGGCCAGACCACCCUGCUGGUAGUUACUGCUGGCUCAGUAAAAUUUGAUGGAAACAAGCAACGCUAUUUCAACCAGAACUUCCUGCUUACAGCCCAGGCCUCCCCCUCCAGCGACCAACCCGUGUGGAAGAUAGCAAGUGAUUGUUUCCGAUUCCAGGACUGGGCCAACUAAAGCUUAUUUUGUUUUUUUUUACUUGUAUUUUGUAUAACAAUUUUAGAACCACUGUAAAUAAAUACUUCUUUGCAAA